AUGAUUAUUAUUCAGGUCAGUCAAGCACUCGAUGCUGAUUUGUCGUCAUCAGUUGAGGAUAGUGAUGAACAUGAAUUAUCUCGUCGAAAUUCAAAAAAAGUCGCCCAUAUGUUAGAGCAAAUUCUUCGUCGUGGAGAAAUGCAAGUCGAACCGUAUCGUAUUCAUAAGUUUCUCGGCAGACUCAAUCGUCGCAAGACCAAUGACCAACUGAAAAAUGCUGUUCUUCAACAAUUUUAA